UACAAAAAAAAAAUGACGAAAAUUAAAUAAAAAGACGAAUAAAAAGUACCAGCAGAGAGGAGAAAAUCAAAUUUUAUGAGAUCGGAUGCGAGAGAGGGAAAGCUAACUUAAUCUAGAAGAGAUCGCUGAGAUUUUUUUCACUUAUAGAAUUUCUCCAAUUUCUCCUGAGCCUCCUCCUAUUUGAAUCACUCUGAAAGGAUUUAUAUAGUACAAGUGCAAUACGACCAAGUUACAGACAUGGCUAUGGAAGGAGGAGGUACACUGUCAGAAAAGUAUCACAAUUCUAAGAAGUUGUCAAUGAGAGUAAGAGGUGAAUUAGAGAGGCUUGAACAGUUGGAGUUUUCAUCAGCAAGCGGCAUUGAUUCUCCCGAGCUCUCCUUCUCUAUCAAAAGGGAUAUAUCCCAGAUCCAUUCUCUUUGUGUUGAUAUGGAUCGUCUUUGGAGAUCAUUUGCUUCAAAGCAACAACGAGAUCUUUGGAAGAGAAAAGUCGAGCAGAUAGCUGAAGAGGCUGAUUCACUGAAGGACAGCUUGGAUAAACACUUCCUUCGCAAUCAGAAACGUAUGACAGAAGCUAAGGAAAGGGCAGAACUGCUAGAAAGAGCUAAUGGGGACUCUUCUCAUGUCAUGAGAAUCUUUGACGACGAUACACAGGCGCUGCAAUCAGCUCGUAACUCAUCCUUGAUGCUUGAGGAAGCUUAUUCCACUGGUGUGGCAAUUAUUUCUAAAUAUGCAGAACAGAGGGAUCGCUUGAAGAGGGCACAGCGGAAAGCAUUAGAUAUCCUUAACACAGUGGGACUCUCAAACUCGGUAUUGAAGCUUGUAGAGAGGCGGCAUCGCGUGGACAAAUGGAUUGCAUACUCAGGAAUGAUAGUAACUGUCAUCGUUGUUUAUUUGUUUUGGAAGUGGACACACUGAUCUAUAUAAAGUAUUCCAACUCAAAUCAACCGCGUGGUGUCUAUCUCUGGAUCUGUUUCCACAUUUCUUGAUCGACUUUGGGAGUUAUAAUGGGCUAGGCAAGGCAAUGAUAGAUUUCAUAUUUUAGUUCCUAAGCUUACUGGGUAGUGGGUUCCCCAUGGAAAAACCCCUCAAGAGGUGGAAAUUUGGUUUAGACAGCUGGAAGAGCAGAAAGAAAUCUGUCGUUAAAUUUAAAACUUCAGCAUCAGAACUACUUAGAAAUGCAGUGGGGUUAGACAACCAACAUAUUUACCAAUCCUCUCCCAUAACGGUACGUAUACAUAUUUUUAUAUAGCCUGUGCAAAGGCUGCAGAUGCAAUAGCAAUAAUUGCAAAUAGAUUUAUAUGCAUAGAGAGAAAAAUGACAUGACACCUAAAAUCAGCCAGUAGCAUUCCUUGCAUUUGUCCUGUGACUAUUUGGGGUUUGGCAUCUUUGCUUGUUCUCGACCAUGGCAUCUUUGAUUGAUUUAUGUUGAGUUUGUAAGGCUGAAAAUUUGUAAUUUUCCUUGCAUUAGUAACAACAGAUAACACGUCUUGCUUAGUA